AUGGACGAACAAACGUCGACGUCCAGCGAGUCCACUGUGACGAAAGUUGAAGCUGGAGGCAAAGACAGCGCGGUCCCAGGGCAAGGAAGGCGAGACCUUGAGGAGGAGUUUAACGUCCAGAGGGCUAAAAUGAAAGAACUAUUUUUACAAAAAGAAGAGGACUUGCGAAAGUUGGUGCUAGAGAAACAGCAGCUGGAUUCUGAGGUGCUGGGGUUGCGUGCUGAGCUCCAACAAUUGCAAACCCUUAGUGAAAACCAGAAAUCAGAAAUACAAAGUUUGCAACUUCUAGUUAGUGAAACAGUAGAGGCGUCUUCGUCGGGCACUGAAGAGGUCCGAAGACUACGCACCAAGAAUAUAGAAUUGGAACAACAACUCAACCAGCUAAAACAACAGCAGGAGCUGUCGCUGGCGCCGGCCACCUUCGUGCGCUCGCUCGCGCGCAAGCUGGGCGCCGACACCGACGCGGAGCCCGCCAACGUCAAACGGUUCGAGGAUAAUGAAUUGCUCAAGUCCAUUAUCGACCCGCUGGAGAUGGAGAUCACGGCGCUCAAGAACAAGUUGAGGGAGAAUGACGCGCAGCUGCAGGACGCACUGAAAGCUAAAGCCGCGAGCGCCGCCGGCGCGAGCAGCUCCGGCGACGCCAAGCCAGAGACAGAGGCGCGCGCGCAGUGCGACAUGUGCGCCAACUACGAGCGGCAGCUGGUGGCGGAGCAGGCGCGCGCCGCGCGGCUCGACCUCGCGCUCAAGCUGGCGACGGAGGAGCUGGAGGGCGUGCGGUCGGUGCAGGACGAGACGGUGCGCAGCUGGCAGGCGGAGCGCGGCGCGGGCGGCGCGCGGCUGGCGGCGCUGGCGGCCGCGCUGGGCGCCGCGCGCGCCGAGCUGGCGCAGCGCGCCGCCGCCGCCGACGCCGCCUCGCAGCGCGCGCUGCAGCUCGUCACCACGCUCACCGUCGACAGGGAGACGCUGCAGAAGAAACUCGACAGCUUAGAGAGGGAUAACGCUAUGCUGAUAGGACAAUACACGAAGAAGGCGGCCGAGAUGCAGAACGAGAUCAUCAAUCUGCCGGACAAUGUUGCGGAGCUGCAGGAGCUGUCGCUGCAGCUGCGCGAGCAGCUGAUCGUGUGCGGCGUGGGGCGCGAGCGCGCGGCGGCGGCGGAGCAGGGCCUGCGCGCGCAGCUACUGCAGCACGCCCAGCUGCUGCUGCGGCGCGAGGCCGAGCUGGCGCAGCACGCCGCCGACCUGCGCGCCGCACGGGAGGAGUUGGACCAGCUGCAGACGGAGCGCGAGCAGAUGAAGGAGCUGGCCGACAAGCUGCGGCACUCCAACGACAUGAUCGAGCAGCUGCUGGAGGAUAAGAAGCGUCUGCAGGGCGAGGUGAGCGAGGUGCGCGCGCGCGUGAGCGUGCUGCAGCAGGAGCUGGACAACAGCGAGAAGGUGCAGCAGGACUUCGUGCGGCUGUCGCAGUCGCUGCAGGUGCAGCUGCAGCGCAUCCGCGAGGCCGACACCGAGGUACGGUGGCAGCACGACGACGACGUGGCCGAGUGCCCCACGUGCCGCGUGCCGCUGCCCAACAACAAGAAGAAGAUCCACUGCCGGCACUGCGGGCGCAUCUUCUGCGCGGCGUGCGUGGCGCACGUGGUGGCGAGCGGGCCGCGCGCCGCGCCCGCGCGCGUGUGCUCCGUGUGCCGCACGCUGCUGCAGCCGCACGCCGCGCCAUACUUCAGCACGCGCCCCCCAAACUCGCCUGAC